UCCGUGUUGCCCUGACAACCCCGCGUGUCAGCCACACAUGAGCGCGAAUGGAGACUCCGCAGCGACAGCGGGGAGAGAACUAUGGAAAUAUGGAGUUCCAGGCAGUAUUGAUGGCAGCGGGUGGAGGGUCUCGAAUGAUGGACCUAACUUCUAGUAUCCCCAAACCUCUACUACCAGUUGGUAACAAACCACUGAUAUGGUAUCCUCUGAACCUCAUGGAAAGACUUGGGUUCGAAGAAGUAAUAGUGGUCACAACAAAAGAAGUGCAAAAGCUAAUACAAUCUAUUGACACGAAAAUGAAGCUGGAUAUUGUGUGCAUUUCUGAGGAUACAGAUAUGGGAACUGCAGACUCCUUGCGAUACAUUCACGAAAAAAUUAAGACAGAUGUGUUGGUGGUCAGCUGUGACCUCAUCACAGACGCUGCGUUGCAUGAGGUGAUCGACCUGUUCCGGGCACACGACGCAACAAUGGCAAUGUUAAUGCAGAGGGCGCACGAGUUCACAGAACCUGUACCAGGACAGAAAGGGAAAAGUAAACCAGCUGAACAAAGGGAUUUUAUCGGAGUUGAUGACACGGGCAAGCGUCUACUGUUCAUGGCCAAUGAAGCUGAUUUGGAUGACGAACUUGUCAUUAGGAAGUCCAUUUUGCAGAAACAUCCUAGAAUGCACAUCAAAACCGCACUUGUGGAUGCUCAUCUGUACUGUUUGAAGAAAUGGGUUCUGGACUUCCUCGUUGAAAACAAGUCUUUCACAUCGAUCCGGGGCGAGUUGAUUCCAUAUUUGGUCCGUAAGCAGUUUUCUGCUCCCAGCUCUUCUCAGCAUAAAGAUGACACAGAUGAAGAUCACAAGAAAAACCUGAAACCAAUAGAUAUAUUCAGCUACGCAAAAGAGGACAAUCUAUUGAAUUUAGCCAGAGAAAAAUCCUUCUGGAAUGAUCACCACGGAGAUAUGAUUGAUCCAUAUCAUGGAAGCAAACUGCGUUGCUAUGUACACAUCAUGAAGGAAGGGAUAUGCUAUCGUGUCAAUACCCUCGCCUCGUAUAUCGAAGCCAACCGUCAGAUUCCAAAACUCCUGUCUUCUCUUAUUCAAGAAGAUUCACUUAUCCACCCCAUGGCACAAAUCUAUACUGACAAAUGUAUGGUGGGAUCUGAUAGUAUGAUUGGCAACUCGACCAGAGUGGCAGAGAAAACCUCCAUCAAACGCUCUAUCAUUGGGAACUCAAGCACUCUGAAAGAAAAAGUCAAGAUCACCAACUCAAUAAUUAUGCACAAUGUGACCAUCGAAGAGGGGUGUGUCCUACAGGGGAGUGUUGUUUGCAAUGGAGCGACCAUUGGAAAAGGGGCUGACCUCAGGGAUUGUCUGGUGGGAAGUGGACAGUGUAUCGAAGCUAAAUCAAAACACGUGAAUGAGGUGAUUGUGGGCAGUGAUCGCUUGAUGGAAAUCUAACCUUGUUGAAUCUGGUGCUGGACACCACUGCAUUUGCUAUUCACCUGGACAUUAUUGGACACAACAUAACGUCCACACGUUAAACACUGACCCGGAAUGAGCAUUGGGUGUGAAUUGACCGUGCUUCUUUAAGAACCAGUUACUAAUCAGAAAAUUUGAUGUGAGGCUUCUAAGCUACAGAAAUCAACACCGCUGGUUGUUUGUCCACACUUAUUGACUAGAGGUGUGCUAACUUGGGUAGGUUAGAAAAUUGACCAUUCCACUUCCCUCUCAAUCUUCCUUUGAAACAUACAACUCUGCUACUACAAAGUAAUACCACAAAUUUAACAUUAAAAAAGAUUGGCUUUUAAAACUCAACUAUUUGGAUUCAAGCAUCUUUUGCGGUACUGUUAGACUUGUGAAAUAGACCAGAUUUAAUUAUUUUAACAUUCUAUGCAUGAAGUUGACAAUGUUCUUGUAUCUGCCGUUGAUGACGUCAUCAAAAGUUUAUCCACUUUAAUGGUUUAUUUAGUUUCCCACCGACAAGUGGAUUGAUCGAGUUGUGAUGGUAGAGCAGAGCUACCCUUAAAGAAGCUUGUGAGAUUCUACCUAUUGUUCAUCUUGGACAUUUAAAUUCAGAUUUAUAACUGCGUGUAUUUAUCUCAAUAAAAGAUCUGUUUGCUUCUUAA